UGUAUCUCCCUCACAAUAACAGGAAAACAAGAGAGAGAAAGAGAGAGGAGGGAAGAGAGAGAGAGAUGGAGAUCCCUGUGUUGGACUUCAGUAAGCUUGAGGGUGAGGAAAGAAGUGAGACAAUGGCAAGUCUCCACGAUGCAUGUGCAAAAUGGGGUUUCUUUAUGAUUGAGAACCAUGGAAUUGAUGUGGAGCUUAUGAAGAAGGUGAAGCUUUUGGUGAAUCGGCAUUAUGAAGAGAACCUGAAAGCCAGCUUUUAUGACUCUGAGAUGGCCAAGAACUUGGAGAAUGGUGGAUAUAUCAGUGACAAAGAUUGGGAAAGCACCUACUUCAUUUGGCAUCGACCGUGUUCUAACAUUAAUGAGCUUACCAGCCUCUCAGGCGACCUCCACAAUGCUAUGGACGAUUACAUUGAUCAACUGAUUAAGGUAGCAGAAAAAAUUUCAGAGCUCAUAUGUGAGAACCUGGGAAUAGAGAAGAAUCACAUAAUGGAAGCAUUUUCAGGAAGCAGGGGUCCUUCUGUAGGAACAAAAGUAGCAAUAUACCCGCAGUGUCCGCACCCUGAACAUAUAAGAGGACUUCGGGAGCACACGGAUGCUGGAGGUAUCAUCCUCUUGCUCCAAGAUGACCAAGUCCCUGGUCUUGAAUUUUUCAAGGACGGAAAAUGGGUGAAAAUUCCACCUUCCAAGAACAAUAGACUGUUUGUGAACACCGGCGAUCAGGUGGAAAUAUUGAGUAAUGGAGCAUACAAGAGUGCUUUGCACCGUGUUAUGGCAAUGAAGGAUGGAAACAGACUGUCCAUUGCAACAUUCUACAACCCUGCAGGAGACGCGAUAAUUUCUCCAGCUCCCAAGCUCUUACUUCCUAGUCAUUACUGCUUCCGUGAUUACCUGAACCUUUAUACUAAGACCAAGUUUGGAGACAAGGACCUCAGAUUUCAGUCCCUGAAGAACAUGGCCAAUGGACACCCAAGCAUCCUCACCGGAGAAAACUGAUAUUUGCCCUGCUAUAUCCAAUAAUAACUUUCUCCUAUGUUCUAGUUCUCUUCAUCUCUGUGUUUCUAUUUUUACCUUGUCAAAGUCAAGAGAAGCUGCUGUCCACUGCUUCCUUAACUUUUUUCUUAAUGUUCAUAAACUGAAUUUUUCAGUAAUGGGCUGGUUAUGUUUAGAUGCAUUCACGUUUGUAAUCCCACAAAGAAAAGUAUUUAAGAGUU